CGGCGAGCCACCCACGCCGGCUCCUGGUACUCAUCGCGGCGUGACCAGCUGGCAGCACAGAUGUCAGGCUGGCUCGAGCAGGCGAACGCCUGCACCGGUGCCGCACGCGCCGUCAUUGCGCCGCAUGCCGGCUUCUCUUACUCGGGGCCGACGGCGGCGUGGGCGUACAAGCACGUGUCGCCGACCGGUAUCAGGCGCGUCUUUGUGCUGGGUCCGUCACACCACCACUCCAUGUCGCGCUGUGCCGUGUCUUCGUGCGCCACUUACGAGACUCCGUUCGGCGGCAUCCCCGUUGACCGGGCCACGAGCGCCGCCCUGCUCGAGACGGGCGCCUUUGAAUGG